AUGUUUAUUGCGAAAACCCGUCAAACGAGCCGUUUUACCAAGGCUCUUUCAUCCCGGCCACUCCUAUCCUCACGAUUCCUCCAUAGAAACGACGGGCCACGCAAAGAAUAUUUCACACGGCCAUUCUUUGCAGAUAUAACUCACCCUAUCCUCGUCUAUGUCAGCUUCGUACUCGUUUGGGACCAUCCCGGUGCAAGCCGAGCUGGUUUAUCUUCUACCGACUUCAUCGCUCCGCGAUUCACAUUUGCGGGUGAAUGCUUGAGUCCUGUCGAUCCGGAUAAGCCGCAGACGGUGCAAGGGAAUGCAUUCGCCUGCCUUGCACAGAAUGUCGACGAAGUGAGGGAGAUAAUCAAGGAGUCGGCAUACUAUAAAGAGGGAGUGUGGGAUAUCACCACAGCCGAGAUCUCGCCGUUGAUGACUGUGCAUUCAAAGGAGUAUCAAAAUGGCAAGGCUUGA